GGAAAUAUGGAAACAGUUUCUUAACAUAUAAAAAAUUUGAACCAAAAAAACUAAGAACUUGCAGCUCUUGAAAAUCGAUUGAUUUAAUUGAAACAAUAGCUUAAUUUACAAGAAGCUAACAAUAAUAUUGUUUAAGCAAAAGUAGAUAAAAUUGUACAUGCUAAGAAAUAGAAAUUUGAAGAUCAGAUGGAAGUAUAAAUUAAUAGUAAUUAUAAAGCUUAGUAAAAUAAUUGAAGCUAACAAUAUAAAUGAUGAUGGAAUACAAAAUUUUAUAAGAAGAAAUAAACAAUAAUAGUAAGAAGAAACAAAAAAGAUGAAGUAAGAUAUGCUUGAUGAGAAAUGUUUAAAAACUGCAUUAAUGAAACAAUAAUUAACAUUGUAGAUGUAUUAAAAUAAAAAGAAAAGAGAAGAAGAGCUUUUAGAAAAACAACAAUAAUAUGCUAAAGUAUUAGGUUUUAUUUUAGAUUUAGAUCUCAGAAUGGGAGUUUAAUAUGAAGCAAGAUUUAGAGUAAAAGAAAUCAGAAAAAAUAGAUAAAAUUCGAUAAGAAUAAAAUUUAUUUAAAGAUUAAAUUGGCAAACAAUUAUAAGAGCAGUAAACUUUAUGUGAUUAGAUGAGUACCGAAGAACAGCGAUUGCUAAAGUAAUUAUUUUAAUUAAUUAACUUAAGUAAAUUAAAGAACUCCCAACUUCAUGGUAAUAAUUUGAAAAAUGAUCUCAUGACUGCUCUGAAUUUAAGCAUCAAAGAAUAUAAUAGUAUCUCAGGUUUAAGACCUUCAAAUUCUAAAUCUAAUAGUUUAUAGAAAUUGCCUAAAGAAUCAUAGAAUAGUCCUUAUGCUUAAUUACCUACAAUGCUAAAAUUAAAAGAGAAUGGACAGUUGAGUAAUUAUCUCAAUAGUAAUUCAUCUUUUCGUGAAUCGUUAAUGAAAGAAUAUUAAUUUUCACUCCCCUCCUUAUGUAAACCAUCCUUUAAUGAACAAUAAUAAUAGGUAGAACGAUUAUAUCAAUAAAAAACUAUAAAGAAUAGCAAACAAGAUUUAUAAUCUAUUCUAAAUUAUUGUGAUAAAAAAAGCAAAACUUCAUCUACUAAAUAUAAAGGUAAAAUGAAUUAAAGUGAAGUUCUUUCUUCUGAUAAUCACUCUAUUUCUUCUAAGCAAAAUCGUAAAAUAUCUCAACAAUAGUCUAUUAGUAAAUAAUAAUCCAAAGAACUCGAAAAAAGUACUUAGAAUUAAUAACAUUAAAAUUGA